AAUGUCAUGAUUUUGCGAAGGAUUUUCCAAUAGCGGUGGCUGCCGUCUCUUGUUUCAUGUAUGAAAAUGAAACCCUUUCGCCAAAUUUAUAUUCCUCUCAUCCUCUGGCCCUGUGCUCAGAUUACGCGUCCUCUGCUUUCGGCUUCGAGUUUAAGCUUCAAUUAACGAAGAUAAGAGCCCAAGCCCCCACCCCUCGCCCAAAAUUCUUAGCUUUUAAUUCUUUUCAAUCUUUCUUUUCCACGAACGCGUGAAGAACACGUCUCUUGAUUAAUAGCUACAGUCGCUCUCGUGACAUUGAGUACAAUUUCCUCCUCCUGCGCGUGGGAGCAAGAGAAAUCGAGAUUUGAGGAGCUACGUCUGCCACAAAAAUAAAAUAAUCUUGCUUUUUCAAGGCGAAAUGGGGAUUGUAAAGAGUUACAGGUCACCCCCCGCCCUCUGUUCUGUAUUUGGAAGUCACCAGAGCUCUAAAUCUGAUCAAAAAGUCACCAUCUCUGUGACUAUUUUUCUGUAAAUCCCCUUGCUCUUGUAAGUACUUGUGGCUACGCGAUUUCCUUGCUUCUUAUAUUUCUUCUUUCUGCUUUUUGUGGGUGGGUUUUCUUCUGAUACGUAACAGCAUAAAGGAUCCUGGAUUUUGGAUUUUGGACUUUUUGGUGUCCGAAAUUUCGAAUUCCGUCGUAUUUGUGAAUUGGGUCUUUGAAAUUCGUUAAGUAUUUUGCUAUUUGAAGGGGUGAUUGCAAGAAUUUGGGCUCCUACUGGGGUAUCGUUUGCUGGGUAUUUGUCUUUUCAGCUGUUUGCUGUGAAAUUUUGUAGCGUUCGUACGCCCAAAUUAGUAUAUCUAAACAGACAGAUGUAAGGAUGAUAAGAGAUAGUCGAUGAAGCUAAAGAGUGGAAGUUUUCAUUUCCAAGACUAAUGGGCUUAGAUAAAUUUCUAGGUUGAGUUGUCUACAGUAACAGAGGGAACAGUUCUUAUGAGGAUAAUCAGUUUAGUAACUUGGUUCUUCAGCUUCUUUAUUUGACUUUGGGUUUUAGAGUGCUGAUUUAUUUCUCUGAGUCAACCAUUCAUAUUACCCAAAAGAAAUCAAAUAAAGAUUUGUUGCUGUGAAUAAGGGGUUUCAGAGUUAAUCGAACCACUUGGUUGAUUUGAUUUGUUUUGUAAGGCUUUUGGCGUUUGUUAGAGAUAGUUAUGCAGAGGGUUCGACUGUCAUCUCAACAAACACCAGUGCUUAAGUUGGGUGAUUCUCAAAUGACAUUAUCCCCGAAGUUUAGGUUAGCAAUUAUCAAAUCUAAUCUCUUAAAUCCUUCAUCAGACUUGGAGUCAUCUCUUUGUGGGGAACCAUUAAUUCCGGGUCUUCCAGAUGAUGUUGCACUUAACUGCCUCCUCCGGUUACCGGUCCACUGCCACGCCGCUUGUCGGGUUGUUUGCAAAAGAUGGCAUCAGCUACUGGGUAGUAAAGAGAGAUUCUUCACUAGGAGGAAGGAGUUAGGUUUCAAAGAACCUUGGCUUUUUGUAUUUGCUUUCCACAAAUGCACUGGAAAGAUUCAGUGGCAGGUUCUUGAUCUUAUCCAUUUCUCUUGGCAUAGUAUCCCACUCAUGCCUUGCAAGGACAAGGUCUGUCCCCAUGGCUUUAGGUGUGUUUCGAUCCCUCAUGAGGGCACUCUCUUUGUUUGUGGUGGCAUGGUCUCGGAUGUUGACUGCCCUCUCGACUUGGUCUUGAAGUAUGAGAUGCAGAAGAAUCGUUGGACUGUGAUGAAUCAAAUGAUUACGGCGAGGUCGUUCUUCGCCAGUGGAGUCAUUGAUGGGAAGAUUUAUGUGGCUGGAGGAAAUAGCACUGAUCUUUUUGAGCUCGACUCGGCAGAGGUUUUGGACCCUACCAAAGGGAGUUGGAACUCCAUUGCAAGCAUGGGAACGAAUAUGGCUUCAUAUGAUGCUGCAGUUCUCAAUGGGAAGCUUCUAGUAACGGAAGGCUGGCUGUGGCCUUUCUAUGUGGCUCCGAGGGGACAGGUUUAUGAUCCAACAACUGAUAAUUGGGAAACUAUGGCCAUUGGGCUGAGAGAAGGCUGGACUGGUUCAAGUGUAGUGGUCUAUGGACACUUGUUUGUUGUUUCAGAGCUUGAAAGAAUGAAGCUUAAGGUUUAUGAUGCAGCUUCUGAUUCCUGGGAAGCUAUUGAAGGGCCUCCUUUACCAGAGCAGAUAUGCAAACCUUUUGCUGUGAAUGCAUGUGACUCAACCAUAUACGUUGUCGGUAGGAACCUACAUGUAGCUGUGGGCCGUAUCUCUCGGCUAAGCAAAAAGGGGAUGGGCGAAAAAAAAUGGAGCUUUAACGUAAUUUGGAAUGUCGUUGAUGCGCCAGAAUGCUUCUCUGACUUGACACCCUCAAGCUCUCAGGUGCUGUUUGCUUAGUUACCCUUUCCCCCCUCUCCCCCAAAUGUCUUGUAUGAUUUUGAAUAUGUUACAAACAAAGAGAAUUAGCUAUAUAUCUGAUUAUAGAUGUGUGGAAUUGUGUUUGUUCAAAUUGGCAUGUAUCGAGUACUGACUAAGUUCGUCAAUCUUUCGUCGGUUCUUCUUUUCCUCUUUCAUCAUUAAUCGGAUGCAUAAUGCACAACUUUAAAUUA